GAUUUGGGAUGCAGAAGCCCCAGCUCUUGGUCCCUGUCACAGCCACUUCAAAUGGAACUCUGGUCCACCCUGCAUACUUCCUUCUGGUGGGUAUUCCUGGCCUGGGGCCUACCAUACACUUUUGGCUGGCUUUCCCACUGUGUUUUAUGUAUGCCUUGGCCACCUUGGGUAACCUGACCAUUGUUCUCAUCAUUCACGUGGAGAGGCGCCUGCGUGAGCCCAUGUACCUCUUCCUGACCAUGCUUUCCACCGUUGACCUAGUCCUCUCCUCUAUCACCAUGCCCAAGAUGGCCAGCCUUUUCCUGAUGGGCAUCCAGGAGAUCGAGUUCAACAUUUGCCUGGCCCAGAUGUUCCUUAUCCAUGCUCUGUCAGCCAUGGAGUCAGCUGUCCUGCUGGCCAUGGCUUUUGACCGCUUUGUGGCCAUUUGCCACCCAUUGCACCAUGCUUCUGUGCUGACGGGUUAUACUGUGGCCAAGAUUGGACUAGCGCCCUUCAUCCUGAAGCGGUUGCCCUACUGCCGAACACAUACUGUCACACACUCCUUCUGUCUGCACCAAGAUAUUAUGAAGCUGUCCUGUACUGACACCAGGGUCAAUGUAGUUUAUGGACUCUUCAUCAUCCUUUCAGUCAUGGGUGUGGACUCCCUCUUCAUUGGCUUCUCAUACAUCCUCAUCCUGCGGGCUGUUUUGGAGCUGUCCCCUCGGAGGGCGGCACUCAAGGCUUUCAACACCUGCAUCUCCCACCUCUGUGCUGUUCUGGUCUUCUAUGUACCCCUGAUUGGACUCUCAGUGGUGCAUAGGCUGGGUAGUCCCACCUCCCUGCUCCAUGUAGUUAUGGCUAAUACCUACUUGCUGCUACCACCCGUAGUCAACCCCCUUGUCUAUGGAGCCAAGACCAAAGAGAUCCGUUCAAGGGUCCUCCGUAUGUUCUCACAAGGUGGCAAGUGA